AACUAACCACAGAGUAAGUAUAUUGUUUUCUCUAUGGCAUGACACAUUUGGUUUCCAUGGCAACAUAAGUAAACACAAAAAUAGUAAACAAAACUUGCGAUCUUUAAACUUGUUUUUUUAUUUAAUUAAUAAUAAUGAAUGAUUUUAAUCGUUCCAAUAAAGUAACAGGAGUUCAUUGGCUAAAGAAGCCAAUAACUAGCUUAAAUAUUAAACUCCACCUGAAGCCCGAAAACGGCAUAGCGCUUCCAAACUUCGAAGACUUUACCAACGAAUCCGCAAACUUAGUCCAAACGGUUGAUGCUACAGAGUUCAAUUUUAAGUGGCAACAGAAAACCUUCAGUACUUGGGAGCUAUGCCGUUAUUCUGACAUACACAACUGCAUUUCUGAUACUGAAUUAGAAUAUCACGAAAUAAUAAAAGACUCAAGUAUAGAAGCUAGUAAAGUAUUCACUUACAUUCAUGAGGAUAACUAUCUACCAACGCCAAAGACUGAAAAUUUACGGGAAAAAUCCGAUGGUUUUGAAGGGUUAACUUCUUGUAUGGCAAAGCUAAGCUUGAAUGGGACUUUGAGUAGGUUUGUGAAUGAGGAUACGAUGUCUAUGGGUCGUCUGUUUCGGAGUGAAGAUAAUAUAGCAGUGGAUGGUGAUAGCUGGAUGUCUAUGCACGUUGUUUUGGAUAAUUCUGAGUAUAAUGAAGAUUCCCAACUUCUACUAAAACAGGAGGCAGUCCUGUUAUCACUCCAUCACAAUACUACUCGCAACUAUGUCAUAGUAAGCCCGGAUGUGAACACUCUGGAGUGGAACCCCUACGCCGUCGAGACAUCUACCGGCGUCCGAUGGAACUACGUGUAUGCUUUACAACUUGAGUUCGAUAAGGAAGAUGAUGUCGACGAUUUGGAGAUUUUGUUAAAGAAACUAAAGAAGAAAUGGUACAGCAAAAAUAAACACAUUCUAAACUUUACAAUGCCAUCUAUCGGAAAGAGGCAAUACUUCAUCACAUUGGAAAUAUUAUCGGCCAAAGAUUUUGAUGCAGAUGAAUUGUACGUUGAAUUUUUUAUCAAGUACCCAGAUGGCGUAACCAGCAGCGACGUCCACCACGGCAGGACGCACGUAACGACAUCUAUGAGAAGCGAGGAUGAACCCACGCAGGCACACUUCGCCCAGACUCUAGACUUGCAAGUUGAAGCUGACGACGACCACGAGCCAGCCCCCAUCAAAAUAUUCUUCGAAGUGAUCUCAACUGACUGGUGGGGGCGCCACAGGACAGAGGGUUACGCCUAUCUCCCCCUGCCCUUAGACCCUGGACAUAGGACCAGGGUUCUAACGUGUGUGCGACCGGAGGAAAAAGAUAAAGUUGAAGCUGAAAGUAGGAGGUUCUUCGUUGGCGGAUGCCAUCUGCUGAAAGAUCUAGAUGUGUUGACGAAGCCUAGAAUGCAGAACACGGACUUCCACUACGCCUCAUCCGGCACCCUGCACCUGCGCUGGAACACCCUGGCGCAGUCCACCAUCGCCUGCCGCCUGCCUCCUGCCCAGCCCAGCGUCUCCUCAGCAUCAGCUGUGCUGCAAGGUGCUGAGGCGGUCCUCAAGCAGUAUAGGAAGGCGAGGGCCAGACUCGCGGCCGCGACUAGGGAUUUGAAGUGUCAUGAUGGCGGUGGUGAUAGUUGGGUCACGGAAUAAUAACUAAGUAGUAACUAGUAGUUGGGUUGUGGCUAAAUAUUAAAUGCCGAUACACAUUGAAAUAGGAUAAAUAAUCCUAAUCAAUGUUACACAAAUUGUAGUAGUUACUGCAUCCUACUAAUCAAUCAUAAACUGGUAUCUUGAUAAAGUCUACGUGAUAUAAGUAACGCAUAAACAUAAAUAAUAAAAGUCUGAUUUUAGAACACUAUAUUUUACAAACAUUAUUUUAAACACACAGGAACUAUUGUAAAUACAUUAAAUUAGACUAGAUAACAAACUAAACAGUUAUACUUAAUCAAUCCCAUUUCUUUUUCCCCUUUAAAAAUUACACUUUAUAAAGAUUUGAUAACAAAACAUGAAGAAUAACAAUAAUUUUUACAUUCAACGUUUGUCCUUUUGUAACUGUAAUCUCUUGCUACC